CUGUGACCCCUUGGCAUCCCUGUUGGACUCUAUUUGGGGGUCUGCCCCCCUUCCCACCCCUUGUGACCCCUUUUGGGGGGGCUUUGUCCCCCUUUGGACCCCUUUUUGGGCGGAGUGCAAUGAAUGGCCUGGAGAUUCUGUGCUGAUCUUUCUCUCCAGCUCUGAGCACUUUGGGAAGUUGUGCUUCUUUGGUCCUGCCGUUGGUAUUACAGGAGAGUCUCACUUAUCCAACAUAAACGGGCCAGCAGAAGCUUGGAUAAGCGAAUAUCUCGGAUAAUAAGGAGGGAUUAAGGAAAAGCUUAUUACACACCAAAUUAGGUUAUGAUUUCACAAAUGAAGCACCAAAACAUCAUGUUAGACAACAAAUUUGAAAGAAAAAGUAGUUCAAUAGGCAGUAAUGCUACAUAGUAAUUACUGUAUUUACGAAUUUAGCACCAAAAUAUCACGAUGUAUUGAAAACACUGACUACAAAAAUGGCUUGGAUAAUCCAGAAGCUUGGAUAAGCGAGGCUUGGAUAAGUGAGACUCUACUGUAAUAUAAUAUAUUGUAUCACCUUCAGGGUGAGAAGGGCAGGAUAUAAAUGUAGAAAAUAAAUGUAGUAAAUGAAUAAAUAAAUAAUUUUAGACUUAGGCUCGCCCAAAGUCUGAAAUGACUUGAAGGCACACAACAACAACAACAAUGCGAAUUAACUUGACUAUCUCAUUGGCCAGAAGCAGGCCCUCACUUCCUAUUGAAAUUGGUUUAAAUUGUUUUCAUUUUUAAAUAUUGUAUUGUUCUUUUGUUGUUGUUGUUUUGCACUACAAAUAAGACAUGUGCAGUGUGCAUAGGGAUUUGUUCAUAUUUCUUUUUGAAAUGAUAAUUUGGCGCCACCACAGUCUGAAGGAUUGUGGACCGGCCCCCUGCUUAAAAAGUUUGAGGACCCCUGAUGUAUGAUAAUAAUAAUAAUAAUAAUAAUAAUAAAGAAGUUUAUUUGUAUCUCGCCUCCAUCUCCCCCGAAGGGGACUCGGGGCGGCUUCCAGCAAAAUCAGAUACAAAACAAUAACAAAAUACGAAACAUCAAAAUACAGAACAAAAACCAGUAAUAAUACAUACCAUGGGGAAAAACAAAAACAGAAACGCAGUAUUAAGAAGUAUGAAUGCAGUUCAAUACCACUUUCACGGCCACGGCUCCAGGCUGUGGGUGGAAUCCUGAGAGCUGUAGCUUGGCAGAGAAGCAAAACGCCACGGCAUUGUGUUGCAGGACUGAAGUGGAAUCAAAAUGGAUUAAUUUUGCACUGCGGAUGCAGCUCUUGACUCAAGGAAGGAGUGUCCAGGCCGGAGCAGGAGCUGAGUGACGUUGCUCACUGGUUCUUUUAGGGGAAAGCAGACACACUUUCAAGAGAACUGCACCACAAUUCGAGUCUGAGUUUGGACAGAUGCAAGAGAAGAAAAAGCCCGGACAAAUCAAGAUUCUGCAAAACAGUAACUGAUUUGUUGGUGGAAGGAAGGAAGGCAGGAAGGAGGGUCACCAAGGAGGCUCCAGCAGAUCACAAGGGCCCUCUGUGUUGCCUUCCAUCCGAGGAGGGAGAAAGAAAGAAAGAAAGAAAGAAAGAAAGAAAGAAAGAAAGAAAGAAAGAAAGAAAGAAAGAAAGAAAGAAAGAGGAGAAAAGGUGCCUCUGUCCUCCAGCCUUUGCAAAGCCCUGUCUACACUGCAGUUUUGAAAAGCCUUUUCCGCCCACGAAUGACGCUUCCCGAGGAUGGACUACCUUGCCGAUGCCUCUCUGGUCCCGUGCGGCCAAGACAAGUUCAUCCACAAGAAUGAGCUGCUCUUGCACUUGAAGACAUACAACUUGUACUACGAAGGGCAGAACUUGCAGCUGCGGCAUCGAGAGGAGGAAGGGGAGCUGGUUGUGGAGGGCCUGCUGAACGUGUGCUGGGGGCUGCGUCGGCCCAUCCGCCUCCAGAUGCAGGACGACCACCAGCGCCUGCGCCCACCCCCCUCCUCCUCCUCCUGGCACUCCGGCUGCAGCCUCGGCCCUCAAGGGUCCGUCCUAAAGCCCUCGACUCUGCCGGACAUCCAGGUGACGGAGGCCGAACCCUCUUCGGACGGCGAUGGGACCGAGGCCGGAACCGGGGAGAGUGAGGCCCCGGUGGCGCAGGCGGAGGAGGAGGCCCCGCAGCUGAUGCGCACCCGGAGCGACGUGGGCGUGCGCCGCAGGGGGAACCUGCGCACGCCCAGUGAGCAGCGGCGCAUCCGGCGCCACCGCUUCUCCAUCAACGGCCAUUUCUACAACCACAAGACGUCGGUCUUCACUCCGGCCUACGGCUCCGUCACCAACGUCCGGAUCAACAGCGCCAUGACCACCCCGCAAGUCCUCAAGCUCCUGCUCAACAAAUUCAAGAUUGAAAACUCGGCGGAAGAGUUUGCCCUUUACAUCGUCCACACCAGCGGAGAGAAGCAGAAGCUGAAGGCCACCGACUUCCCCUUGGUGGCCCGGAUCCUGCAAGGCCCCUGCGAACAGGUCUCCAGGGUCUUCCUGAUGGAGAAGGACCAGGUGGAGGAGAUCACCUACGACGUGGCCCAGUACAUCAAGUUUGAAAUGCCGGUCCUGAAGAGCUUCAUCCAGAAGCUGAAAGAGGAAGAAGACCGCGAAGUGAAGAAACUGCGCCGCAAGUAUUCAGCCCUUCGUUCAAUGAUUGAGCAGCGCUUGGAAGAGAUCUCCCAAGGCCCAGCGAUGAUGUGAACGAAGCUGUUGGAAGGAGAUGCAAAAAGAAGAUAAACUCUUUGCUGAAUCUCUGUUUACAUGACCAACGGCUGGAACUAAACUUGAACCGGAAGCCGGCCUUGAGCCCAUUGCCUGCCUGCCUGCCUUCCGUCCUUCCUUCCUUCCUUCCUUCCUUCCUUCCUUCCUUCCUUCCUUCCUUCCUUCCUUCCUUCCUUCCUUCCUUCUUUCUUUCUUUCUUUCUUUCUUUCUUUCUUUCCUCCCUUUUGAGUUGAGUCAUUGAACACAAUGGAGUUUCCUUCUAGAGGAGCCAUAUAGGAGUCUUUUCCAGGGAAAAUUGUUUUCAUAUUCUCAUUCUGUUUUGCAAGCUCAUCCUUUUCCCAAUUUAGCAAUAAGCGUCGUGUCCAAGAUGCCACCCGUCGCCAGCUUUAUUCCCAAUUUCUCUGUUUGUCUUAACCCCCUUCCCAUUCUUCUACACUGUGGAUGUAAUGUGCAUUUGGAUCCCUUUUGGAACUGCCAUGGCUCAAGGCUGUGGGAUCCUGGGAGCUGUAUUUUUGGGGAAGCAAUUGCCUUUCACCGCACUGCAACUCAGGCUGCUUGGUCCCGGGAUUUCUGCCUGCAAUGCCUGGACUUGCUGAAAUUGUCGCCUGAAAUUUUGGGCUUUUUUUGGUGAAUAUGCACAUAGUUCGUACGUCAGGAGAGAAUGCUUCUGGAACAGGGCCAGACAGCCCGGAAAAAGCACCGCAACCCAGUGAUUCAGGCCAUGAAAGCCUUUGACAAUACAUUGGGCAUGCGAGUUGUUUACAACUCAUAAAGUCAGCCAAGAUAGAAUAUUAUCCCAAAUAUUUAAUGGCAUUUUGCUGCCUUUUUGCUUUUGCAACUCCCCAAAGCCAUCCGAAUUACCCUGCAAUCAUGAGGCAGAAAGUUCUGGUUAACUGAGAGUCUAACGACUGCUUUUUCCCAUUGAAUCAUACUAUUGAUACAGCUGGAAAAAACAAACAUUCGCAGUGUUCUUUGGGACAUUUUUGAGUGCAAAAAUGCAUCCAACCAGAUUCCUAACAUUUUAGCGGAGCGAAAUACUACACCUUUCUGGGGUUUUGUCGCACAGAUAAAUGUUUCAUUCCCAAAUGAAAACCUUAAUUAUCACUUUGGAUUUCUACCCACCGUUUUCCCCGAAUGGGGCUCGUUGGCCGAUGUAUAUUCUUUGUUUUCUUGCGUAUGAUUGUGACCUAGUUUCCCCUUUUCUAGCCAACCCUCCCUCUAACAUGUCGUCUCCACGUCUAAAAUUGCACUAGAUUAAUUAUAGAUCUAUCUUAUGUUUGCGUGUUUUUUAACGAAUCCCCAACCGCUUCCUUAUCCUCGCCUUCUCUAUAUGCCAAAUAUCGCUUGCGCAGGAAAGUAACAGCAAUAAUAUAAAUACAUAUACCAAGAGCGGGUGCGUCUACACUGCAGAGUUUAAUGCAGUUUGAUACCGCUUUAACUCCCUUGGCUCAAUGCAAUGGGACCCCGGGAGCUGUAGUUUUGUAAGGCCUUCCUGGCCAAAGAGAAGGAACUACAAUUCCCAGGAUCCGGUUGCAUUCAGCCAUGGCAGUUAGAGCGGUAUCAAACUGCAUUAAACUCUGCAGUGUGGAUGCCACCCACGUUCUGGAAUAACACAAGUGUUUCCCUUAUUAAGGCAAUAAGGGCAUUUAGGGGCCAAAUCAGCACAAACUUUUGCAAAAAAAAAUGCCAUAUAUGUGUUAUCUUGCUUGGAUUAUUCUCACAACAACGUGGUUUUUCCUGUUGCGUAGAACGAGCAAUAACGUGUCUCUUGACUCUGGAGCCUGUUCCUCCGUUUCCCUUUGAGAUGUCCGUGGAUCUCACACUGUAAUAAUCUGAUCUAUAACACAAAGCACAUGCAACUAGAUUAUUUUGUUUUAAUUAAAGCACUUUGUGAAUAGAAA